AACAGAGCUUCCAUGAGGCCCUGUCCAUCUACCCGCCCUGCGGACGCAGGAAGAUUAUCCUCUCCGACGAGGGAAAGAUGUAUGGACGAAACGAGCUGAUAGCACGGUACAUCAAGCUACGCACAGGGAAGACGCGGACAAGAAAGCAGGUGUCCAGUCACAUCCAGGUGCUAGCGCGACGGAAGGCCCGGGAGAUCCAGGUGAAGCUGAAGGGUGCGGACUAUAAUGGAGAGCGUGACCUGACCCCUGGGCCUUGCUGUGUGUGUCUGCAGGACCAGGCUGCCAAAGACAAGGCCCUCCAGAGUAUGGCCACCAUCUCCGCCACCGCCUUCCAGAACAAGAUGGCUCUGCAGGGGCUGUCCAGGCCACCGUACCCCACUGCUGGUGGCUUUUGGCAUGGCGGUCCUGAAGACAUUAAGCCCUUUUCCCAGCAGAGUUACGCUAUGCAGACGUCCGGCCCACCCCCCAUAACAGGCUAUGAGAGCAUGGCAGGCCUGUCCAUGUCACCGGGCGCCCCCCCGUGGCAGGGGCGGAGUAUCGCCAGCUCCAAGCUCCGCAUGCUGGAGUUCUCUGCCUUCCUGGAGCAGCCUCAGGACCCAGAGACCUUUAACAAGCACCUGUUUGUGCACAUCGGUCAGUCCAACCCCACCUUCAGUGACCCUUACCUGGAGGCAGUGGACAUCCGGCAGAUAUACGAUAAGUUCCCUGAGAAGAAGGGAGGGCUGAAGGAGCUGUUUGAGAAGGGGCAGCCAGACACUUUCUUUCUCGUCAAGUUCUGGGCUGAUCUGAGUGCCAACCUGCAGGAAGACAGAGGUUUCUUCUAUGGCGUGUCCAGUCAGUACGAGAGCUCUGAGAACAUGAUCAUCACCUCCUCCACCAAGGUCUGCUCCUUCGGAAAGCAGGUGGUGGAGAAAGUAGAGACAGAGUAUGCGCGGUUUGAGAAUGGGCGGUAUGUGUUCAGGAUCCACCGGUCCCCACUGUGUGAAUACAUGAUCAACUUCAUCCACAAGCUCAAACACCUGCCAGAGAAGUACAUGAUGAACAGUGUACUGGAGAACUUCACCAUCCUACAGGUUGUGAUCAACAGGGACACACUGGAGACCCUGCUGUGUAUAGCCUAUGUCUUUGAGGUGUCUACUAGUGAGCAUGGAGCCCAGCACCAUAUUUACCGGCUAGUCAAAGACUGAGACAGCCAUGUGGACAGAACCACUAUAGGCCAACAACACCCCAACCAUGGACAAACUCCUCUGUAAGCUGCAAGCACAAUACGAUUGUCUGUCAGGACCCAAAGAAGCACUGGGCGGGUUGCUUGCCCACUGAAACUAAUGUGGAAGAGUUGGCUUGGGAGCUGGAGUGAACUAUACCACUGUGUUAUGUGAAAGAGAGGAGCAGAGGGUGGGAACCUUCAUUGUGGUAUAUCUGGAUGUACAAGAGGAGCCAAAUGUCAAGACAAUGCAUGAGAAAUUGUUGUUUUUCAUCUCAUAUUACUAGUGCUUGCUUGUUUUGAUUUAGUUUCAUUUUAGACAGCUGCAUGAGCGGGAUUUGUUUUUUGUCCAUGGGCUCCACCUAGUGACUUCUAAUGUAUAUUACACACAGGGAAAGAGGACGAAAGGAGAACUGGAAGCAAGACUGCACAUUUAUAGUAUUGUUUUGGUGCCAAUGUUUGUAUUAUUUGAGUAAAAAUAUGUACAGUACCACAGCCAUCUCCCCUGAAAAAUAAUCUCUAUUGAAGAAAAUGAGAGUGAAGAUUAUGAUUUAAAUAAAUAUUGUAUCCACCUGGUUUGAUGAUCAAAUUAAAUGUUUUGGACUAUUGUUGAAUGAAAUUGAGCACCACUCGCAUGUAGUAGAUACCUCUGCUGAACAUGACUAGCUACAGUAUGAAGAAACUGUUGUAAUCUAUUUUUGGCACUGAACUGAAGUUUAAGAUGGAAAUACCCUUCACAUAUCAUACUUAACAGAUCAGGUUGCUUGAUUUUUGUUCUUAAUGUGAUCUAUUGAGACUAAUAUAUGAACAUGUCAUACUACAAUUGUUAUACCUGUAAUAAAACGAUGAUAAAAA